AUUCGGUCUUUUUACACCACAUGGAAAAGUUCUGAAGCACUCAAAUGUUUAAGACUACCAUUAUAGUUCCUGCUAUUGUCUGGUGGUGCAGCGGUGGAUUGCAUGAUAUGAUUUGAUUGGAAUAAUCGUGUGGAGUGCUACCUGUCAGACUCGGCCAAUGGAGAUAACCAUGAAUUCUCGCCUUGGACACACCGGAUAUAAUAAUGAAAGCACAACUCAGGAACCAACACACGAACGUGCUCUGUUUUGGAGACCGUGGACACCAGAGUUGGAACAAAGAACCUACUCUCAUGGGUUUUCCGGCAAAUCCCUGGUUGAAUUAUCAGAUUCGAAGAAGCCCAACAGCUUUGUACAUCCUGUAAAAUUAUUCUGGCCUCGAUCGCGCUGCUAUGAUUAUCUGUAUCAGGACGCCGAGGCGCUGCUCCGGAACUAUCCCGUCCAGGCGACCGUCUGUCUUUACGCAGACUCCAGCGACGAGGAGGACAGUGACGAGGAAGACGAGAAAGAAAUGAACUAGAUAUUUAUGAAUGGAAUUUAAGAUGGAUCCUAAUAUAUUUUGUAAUUUAUUUCGCUGUAAACAUUGUAAAUAUAACUAAUUUAACUAAUGCUUAUCAACACCUUUAUUUUUGUAACACUUUUUCAAAGUAUAUCACUAUUUAUAUGUUAAGAUAUUUAGAUUAUGA